GGGAAAUAUAUAUUUCCAUAAUUUGUACACCGUGCAACUGUACGUGCAGGGGAAGUUUGAUCAGUGUGUGAAUUUCCACAUUUAAGAUUUUCAGGAUGUCAUUUCUUGUUUUACGAUGCUUGUUAGUCGCGACUACAUUGACGUUGACUUCAUGCAGUGAGGAUGAACUUUCUAAAUGGGUUUUCCCCAAACAAACACGUGCUGAGCCAGCGUGUCCUGAACAAUCAUAUAUUAAGGAAGUCCAGACUCAGACAGACGAGAAUGUUAAUGCGACAUGCCGAGCCGUGUGUCAAGACAACGAGGCAGAAAUAUGUAGUUAUCAAAAAGAUUCCUUACCCUGUGGUACCACUAACGACAAAUUGGGUUGCAAGUCGUGCGCUAAUAAAGAUACUCUGAAAGCUCUAUACGGUUUGGGUUUCGAUAUAUGUCAAUGGUUUUGUCACACCAAAUGCGAAGAGCUCGGAGGGAAGUGUAGACUUUUCAAAUGUAAAGCCGGCGAGCACAUAGGACAAAUGGAAAACACCUGUCCGUUCCCCUUUUUCUGCAAAUGUUGUAAACGGGAUACCCAGCCAACACCAUCCCCACGGCCACCAGGGAGUGCUAGUGUACAAGGGGACCCACAGAUUCGCACAUUCGACGGAUUUCAUUAUAUGUAUAAUGGCAACAGCGAUUGUGAGUACGUAUUAUUUGAAGAUUGUGUACCUCGUCCAUCUUUCACUGUUUUGAUCCGAUACCAUUAUCUCAGGGAAGUUAUGAAAAUGGUGGUUUCCGAAGUUUCGAUUGUUCUUAAUGGAGACCGUGUUACCUUGAUUGAGGACAGGCUUUACAUAAAUGGCAAAAUCCAUAGUCUUCUGACUCCACUGAUACUCGGAAAUCUGACAGUGACACGAGAUAAUGCAGGAUAUGUGAGAGCAAAACUAGAUUCAACAUUUACUUUGGCGUGGAAUGGCAAAGGACGCGUUGCUCCUGUUCUAAACAAAUCUAUGUUCGGAAAAGUGUGUGGCAUGUUGGGAAAUGCUGACGGGGAUCCGUCUAAUGAUAUGCAGGUACCGAUGCCAGAUGGGACACUAAAAUUAGUUACUGAGUCUGGUGACUUUGGGGACAUGUGGAUUGUUCCAGGAAGUUGCAGUAUAUAAUCCGUAAGGAGGACAUUGAUGUUGAGAAAAUCAUCAUCAUAUUCGACGAUGGUGAUGGGUCUUUCGUUUAAAUUAUUCGUAUGCAAAAAUACGUGUAAUAAGCAGUGUAUACGUUAUGCUUUAGUGGUAAUAAAAUACGGAUACAGUGAAAUAAAAUAUGUAAUCAA